AUGCACGCGGUCGGCCUGCACUCCGCGCUCGCCAUCCGCCGCGAGCGCAAGCGCCGCGCCGAGCAGCAGCGAGCGCGCGAGCGCCGCACUCCAUCCAGUCCACCGAGUCCGGCGUCACCUCCCCGCUGCUCCACCGGCAGCCUCGAGCACCGGCGCUACAAGAACCCACACGCUCCCGAGAAUGAGGUCGUCUCCUCCGUCGGCAUGCUCCACCUCGGAGUCGUGUUCCUCGUCCUCGGCGUCUUCUUAGUCGCAUCGGGCUGGCUACCCGAUGACGUCACGUCGUGGAGCACCAUCGGCUCCUUCAGCUGGUUCAACGAACUCGUUUGCUCCGGACUAUUCGCGUUAGGCGUCGGGAUUUUCCUGAUCGCAUUACACAAAUACUUAACCAAAAGUGAAGAAGACGCUUUAGAAGAUUAUGUCCAACGCCAGCUGACACGGUCUCGCUCGGGACAUAGGUUGGAAAGAGAUGCAGAAACAGGUGGGAUGAGGACGAAAGGCGCUCGCAGAGCACGGGCCACUGAAGUAUUACCUGAGCCUGUCACUGAAACCUACAGGGAACCGUCUCCUGAAAGAAUUCACGGGUUUGUUAACGCGCUUGCGUUGAACGGUGAUGCGCUGAGAGAAACUCCUCUCGAACAAAUAGUGGAGGAAGAGAUGUCGAUAGCAUCUGAGAGUGAGAGGAGACUGGGCAAGUUCAACAAGGACACUUACUCCACUCCCUCCGUCGCGCCGAGCCUGAGCCUGAGCCCCGGGUCGCCGUCUGACACGAAGGAGCUCCUGUCCGACGGCCGCUACAUGAUCAUGUCCAAGAUAUGAACGUCCUAGUUUGACAACUCAUUGAUACCGUACAUCUUGCUUCUCUAUGGACUUGUCUUUGAUUUUAUCGGUAACCACGUUAUUUCCCGUUGAAAUACAGAAUUUUUUAUCGAUAUUAUAUCGAUGAAAAGUGGUAUAAGUAUAACUGAAAUUAAUUUUGAAACAAUUAGUUUAAUUUGAAGAAACCUAGAAGUAAAAUCUACAAAGCGUGUACUUUGAAUUUGCUCAGUCUAUACUAGGAGCUAAAAUGAAUCGGAUUUAUGUUAAACGAGACAGAUUAUGGUCUCGUUUUAACUCUUUUCUGAGCAAAAUCAAAUUACGCUCUUUAGAUCUCAGCCUAUGAUUAUAUUUAAUCCAACUUGUCUCAACUCUCAACUGAUUCUUACAAGCACAGAUAAUAAUUAUUUCCUGAUUUGUGCUUAUAAGUCUUCACUAUAUGCACUUCUUAUUUUUGGGCUAACCCACUUUUAUUUGGAAAAUUAAAAUUCCUACUACUUUUCAUCAAAAAUAUGGAUUCUGUUAGUUUCGAAAAUUAUCUUUGAGCUUUAGAUAUUUGAACGCAUUCUCCGUCGAGACCCGAGAAACAGGAUAUUUGGCAUCAAUGAAAUGUCAAAACUAAGAGAGAAUCGCGAUGCGUUGAACGAUUUGUAAAGACUAAAAUAUAAUGGACACUGUGUGACUUUAUUAAUGUAUCUUUGUAGGAAGCUUUCAUAUUGCCUAGUGCUGCUGUGAGUUUUGCACAAGUUUAAUGCUUGAUACACAAAACGCGCGAUGGCAACAUGUCCAACAUGGCUCUUAGAAGAUGUAAUAUUCAGCUAUAGGUUUAGUAUAACAUUAAACAAAACCUCAUCAACGUUGAUAGGAUAUGAAAGUAAAAAGGACUUAAAUAACCUUGAUUUAAACUCAAAAAUUCAGUACUGCCGAAUACCGAUUUUAACUUGAUAGAGUUUCCGCUGAGGAGAUGUAUGGGACGAACUAGAGAUUUAAAACAAGGUAGUUAAGAUUAAUUUCACUUUAACGCUAAAAUAUUUUGAUUUUUGAAUUCUAUUAACGUUGGUGAAUGUAAAAUUUUAUACUAAGCAUACUGUAUAAAGAUGAUCGUACUGGAAACCACACGUUUGUGCUGCGGUUCGAUGUGAUUCAUACAGUUUCUUGCAUUACAGAUGACACGCUUACGCGCGCGUUCCGUAUGACGACUUGUCGUAUAGUUCCCAUCGCGCGAUGUUGUGUUUCAGGCUUUAAUAUUUUUUAAGUUAAACGAGGUAUAAACGCAACCACUACAAAAGGACGAGCUUUGAAGCUUUGUGAGUAAGAUGUUAUCAUUUUGAAUAACAAAAAUAAAUAAAUAGUUUGUGAAAUAAUUAAAAAACCGUUCUCUUAGCUGCUUUUCAUAGGUUGCAGAUGCGGCUUGGUGUAUGCUAAUUCUUUUCAGCACAAAGGUUUUUUCUUUUUGUAAAAUGCAAGAAAAAAGGGUACAACGCACAAGGGUUAAUGAAAAUAGGGAGUAAUGGACGAAUUUUUGAUUUUAAACGCAUCUUUCAUAUUUCACUGAAGGACCAAGUCAAGAUAGGGUUUAGCAGUAUGUCCUGUUUAAUUUGGUCGAAUAGAAACUUGCUGUAGUUUCCCUAAACGCAAAACAACAAAGCGAGGGGUGGAUUACAAGGAUGAAAACUUCUAUUUGACCAAAUCACUGCUUGUAAAAUUUAGGCCAGAGUGUUGGGCCAAUGUGUAGCCAAACAGGAACAGAUGCACGUUCAUUGCAUUGGUGGCCAAUAUGGCAAAUUAAUCGGUAAAAGGCCUUUUACAUUUUGACCCAAUGUAUUCGCCAAAAUGUUGGGCCAACAUGGUUAAGUCGUUAAUGAUUUAGAAUCAAAACAAGGCACUUUAUCGCGUGUUUAACUUUAUUCUGUUGUUCCAAAACAACUGUUUGUAUUUUCUAUUACAUAGAUAGACUAAGAGCUGGUGAAUUAUUUGUUCAUCUCUAAACCGAAUUAAUAAGUCUUGAAAAAGUUGUUUAUUUAUUUUAAAAAUUCGUUAAUUCGUACGGCUGCAGGUCAAUUACAUUUAAUAUAAUUACUUAGGAGAUACACAACGGAAUAGAAACAAAAAAUAACAAAUUAACUAUAUAAUUCUUCUAUCAUUUUUAGUCAUAUAUUGGUGUUACCAAAUUAGCGCAAAUGAACGGUGAGAAUUCAUUUUCCGUGUAAACCACUAAAAUCCCAGUCGUAGUUAUUUCUAUAUUUUCCAGUAUUUUGACUGUGAAAUAUUGUGUGACCCAUUCAAAAGCGUUUUGUAAAAGAUUACUUGAGAAUAAAGCCUCUCUUUUUAUGUUAGCCUACCAAUUGUGCAGCAUAAUUGUGUACAUAACUGAAUAUAUUAUUUUAAGCUUUGGAUAUCAUAAUUAGUAUAUGUGCUGUCGUCUAAGCUAUAGUAUACGAUUUAGACGGGUAAUGACUGAAUGUAUACAUUUUUUCUGUCAGGCACUAGGACUAACAUCUUAACAAUUUACACAUUCAAAAUUGUUUUUAAAUUCAAUUAAAAAUAGAAGUAUAAGCACGUUGAACGAAUCGUUCACCGGCUCUCGGUCUUUAGGCGUUUGUAUUGUGUUGUUGGUAUAAAAUAUCGAUUACAGUAUAAACGUGCCCGAUCCUGUGUAUCUUAUUAAUGAAUCGUGUUUAUUGGCUCAGACUGAUUGAUUGUUGCUGUUACUGAAAUCUUAUUACACUCCUAAAUCUUGGUAUCAUACUAAUAUAUUGGUAAUAAUUAUUAUAUUCUAUUAUUAAUCUUGGUAAUAUUAGCGUGGUAAUCAUUUUGGUAUUAGCUUUGUUUCUAUAGUAUUAUCAGUUGCAAGUAAACACGUAAUGAUGAUAAUGAAACUAGGUUGAGAUCUAUAUGUAUAGAGCGCACUUUGACUUUGCUCAGACUUAAGUUCCAGUAAUUAAAACGAGACAGAUUUAUGCCAGUGAUAUAACGCCGUCUCGU